AUGAUCGCCAAACAUUCCAUUCUGCUCUUAGCUCUCGCCAAGGCCAUGUUUGGGGCACCGACCGAAUACAAUCGUGACAGCGGAGAAGUCAUCGUGGCAGUCCAAGUCCCGCAACAGGAAGCUGCGCCGUUGACUGAGGGCCUGAUUGUCAUCAACAUCUUUCGGGACUCUGAAGGAGCCCCAGAGCCUAUGUGUAAACCUGACGGCAGGAGGGUAUAUGCGGUCCUCGGAGGCACGGGGAGAACGCAAAUGACGACUUCUGAAGUCGUUGUUGCCCUGGAGUUCUGUUACAAAGGGGCCGGAAGACAGGCGUCGAUUAGCACGGCCUAUUCGGCUAAGGAGAUGUUCGUCUUCGACGUCGGCGGCGGUUGA